AUGUUGAAAUUAAAUAUUAUUUUAUUAAUAGUAUUAUUUAUUGGUUUGAUUAAUGCUGAAUCAAAAGUCAUUAAAAAAUAUGUUGAAAAAUAUGACCCAAAUUUUAAAUGGACUUUAAAUGCAACAUAUGAUAUUGGUAAUGCUAAUGUUCAUGUUUUAGAAUUCAUUUCACAUAAAUGGUUAUCAAUUAAUGAAACUGAUUCACCAGUAUGGAAACAUUGGUUACAAAUCUGUAUCCCAAAAAAUUAUGAUAAAAAGAGUGAAACUGGUAUUUUAUUUGUUGAAAACGGUGUAAACCAAAACUGGACUGUUCCAACUGCUAGUCAAUUGAAUAGCUUUGGUAAAAUGCUUUGCUCUGCCGGUAACCAAGUUACAGCUACUUUAUUACAAAGUCCAAACCAAUUUAUCAUGUUUGAAAAUGAUGGUGUAAUGAGAAAGGAAGAUGAUAUCGUUGCUUACACUUGGAUUAAAUUUAUGAAUAACAAGAACACUGAUUGGAUUAGUUUAAACCCACAAACUAAAUCAGCCACUAGAGCUAUGGAUGCCGUUCAACAAUUUGGUAAAACUGCCACAGGUAAUUACAAUAUUAAAAAAUUCGUUGUUACCGGUGCCAGUAAAAGAGGUUGGGCUACUUAUGGUACUGCAAUGGCCAAAGACCCAAGAGUUAUUGGUAUUGCACCAAUGGUCAUCUCAGUUUUAAAUCUCGUUGACAAUAUCGGAGCCCAAAUCCAAAGCUACGGUAAUUGGUCAUUUGCUCUUCAAGACUAUAUGAACCACAACGUCACCAAAUUCCUUUACACCAAGUAUUUUGAAAAGGUUACCGAAAUUAUUGACCCAAUCAACUACAUUAAAUCUUUAAAGAAAGUCAACAAACUUGUUAUUUUAGGUACUGCUGAUGAAUUCUUUAUUCCAGAUUCAACCAAAUUCUUCUACAGCAAAUUAAAAGGUGAGACCAAACUUGCCCUCUUUGCCAACACUAACCAUGGUGGUAUCUUAAAACAAGAAGUUGCCAACACUAUCGUAAACUUCUACAAUUUAACUUCUACCAAGGCCAAAAUGCCACAAUUUUCAUGGUCUAUUGAUUACUCUAGUGAUCACAACACCGGUAAAAUUUCUCUUAAGGUUAAACAAGGCACUGUUGAAAAGGUUUUAUUAUAUUCAGCCUCCACUAUUUCCACCACUAAAAGAGAUUUCAGAAUGUUUACUUGCCCAGCUGCCGAAUGUUACCAACCAAUUAACUUUUUACCAGUUGAAAUUCAACCAACUUCUACCAAUACCUAUACCUACACUAUGACUAAACCACAACAAGGUGGUUGGACUGGUUUCUAUAUGAAUGUUCAUUUCUCCACUGGAUCAGUUUUCUCUAGUGAAAUGGCCGUUGUACCAGAUGUUCUUCCAUUUGCUAAAUGUACUAUGGAGGAAUGUGGCUCAGGUAAACCAUCCUAUGUUAACGAUAAUGAUGAUGAUGAUCAAGAUGAUGACGAAGACGAUGAUGAUCAAUGUUAA